AUGAAUCUGACUGAUUCAAAUAUCACUUUCAUUCUCUCUGCAUAUGGACCUCCAGGACCACUAAAUUAUGGAGUUUUCUUGUUGAUGCUUGCACUAUACCUUGCCACAGUAUUUUCAAACUUGACUUUAAUGCUGGUCAUCUCCUCUGAUUCAAGUCUCCAUAAGCCAAUGUAUAUUUUUCUGUUCAACCUGGCAAUUAAUGGACUGAUGGGGAGUUCAGCUGUCUGUCCUGCCAUUAUGCAAUAUCUUCUUGUGGGACUUAAGACAAUAUCCUUUAAAAAUUGUUUAAUGCAAAUGUUUUUCAUAAAUGUGUAUGGAUCUUGUGCCUAUGCAAUAUUAACUGUGAUGGCAUAUGACAGAUAUGUUUGCAUUUGUAAGCCAUUACAGUAUCACACUAUCAUGACUCCAACUAAAGUCAGACUUCUUCUUAGUGUGGUGUACAUUUUCCCUGUAUGUUUAUUUACUGUACAGGUCUGUCUCACUUCAAGGUUACCUAUGUGUAAGUAUACAAUGUAUAAACUUUUCUGUGACAAUUUGACACUUGUCAGUUUAGCCUGUGUGAAAACUGCUCUUGACAACCUCUUUGGCCUAUGGCUUUUUUUCCUAUUUGCUGUUCUCCCUCUGCUGUCUGUCGUGCUAUCAUAUAUUAAAAUAUUAACUGUAAGUUUCAAAGCAUCAGGCAAUGCUCAAGCGAAAGCGCUGAAAACAUGUGCACCCCAUUUGAUUACUUUCAUUAAUUUCUCCUCUGCAAUCCUUUUCUCUGUUGUGUACCAUCGUUUCAAUGACUAUGUAACAAAUGAGAUCAAUGCCUUGAUGUCAGUACAUUAUAUCUUGAUUCCACCACUACUACACCCACUCAUCUAUGGCAUGAAAACUCAUGAGAUCAAAAAAAGUUUCACGAAGAUCUUGAGGAAAAAUAUUUUUGCGAUUAAUCUUUCUUUUGGCAGGCCAAAUAAUAUGGUUUUCAGUUUCUUGCUAGUAAAAACUUAG